GGAAUUAUUUCUACGACAAAAGCUUAAAGAGAAGAAAACCAUGGAGGAGACGAACAAUAAUGACAACAUCACACAGGCUUUGGUGAAGGUACUGAGCGAAGACGGCAUGACGAAGGUUUGUCAGGUCGACGGCAGUCACAGGGUGGAGGAGAUCUGCCGGCAGAUGGUCGCUAGGAACCACGCCCUCAACGACAAGAGCUGGUCGCUUGUUGAAGAGCUACCCGACCUUGACCUUGAAAGGACGUUAGAAGACCAUGAAAGUGUAUUAGAAGUCUACAAGCAACACCUCAACUCCACCCACGGGAAACUCCACUUACGUAAAGACUUUAGGAAAUAUGAGAUGUUUCUUAAUCCAGGGCAAUUCUUCCCAGCGCACAUGGUAGCGGACCCAAGCGAGACGGCCGAUAAUUUAUUUGAGAAGCCGAAGAGGCCCCGACCGCCAUUAAUACUGGACAUGCUUAGUCCAGUGGAGACUCUACCAGAGAUCCAGGGCUGGCUUCAUAUCAGGGAAGGCCACAAACGAUCCUGGAAGAAAUACUUCUGCGUCCUCAGGGAAUCUGGACUGUACUACUCCUCCAAAGGGAGUUCUAAGGACCCAAGACACCUGAACCACUUUGUGCAAUUGAGUAACAUUGAAAUCUACAGGGCGUUGAACCCCAAGAAGAAAUACCACGCACCCACCGAGUUCAUGUUCUGUACCAAGACCAAGAACUCUAAAUUCAGUGCAAAGGAUCUGAGGUUAAUGUGUGCGGAGGACGAGAAGACGCGGCAGUGCUGGCUGGCUGCCCUGAGACUCUUCAAGCAUGGUGAACAGCUCCUUGAGAACUACCAGAGGGCGCUAGAGCGAACCAUCAAGACGAGGGAAGAAUGCCAGGAAGUCUUAUUGCAGAACAUGAAGAACUGUUCAGACCGUGUAGCAAUGGAUUUCUCUGGAACUCAAGGACGGGUCAUUGACAAUCCUAGUGAAGCCAUAGCCAUUGCAAGGCAAGAGGAGUUCAACUGGAGGAGACGAGGCGGUCAGCGGUCCCUCGAUAGUCCACUCAUUAGUCCUCGGGUGACGACCAGCAGCCCCCGUUUCAAUUUCCCUCCAUCGUCCGGGGGCUCCAACAGCCCCCACUCCCAGCUAUCGAGUAGCCCCAGGCACAACAACCCCAGCCCUCGUAGUCAUCAUAACACCAGUCCUGGGGCGUGCAGGCGGGGCGGUAUCAACUCAGGUAUUCACAUGACACAGCCGUGGUUUCACAGCGGACUGACGCGGGAGGAGACACACGCCCUCUUUGCCAAGCAAGGUAUGGUCGAUGGCAUGUUCCUGAUUCGGGAGAGUCAACGGAUCCCCGGAGCAUUCGUCCUCUCAUUUAGCCACAACCAGAAGGUCAAGCACUAUCAAAUUAACAUGGUCGAAGACGGUAUCUACACGAUAGAUGACGGCGGAACGCGCUUCACUGACCUCAUUCAGCUCGUAGAAUUCUACCAGCUCAACUCAGGGGGGCUCCCGACAAGACUCUUACACGUCUGCACAAAACUGUAAACGGGAUCGCCCGCCGCCCCGAUAUCUCUUAUUGCAAUUUAUUUGAUUGAAGAUAUACAAACCGUGAAAGACGUAUAUAUAUAUUCUGUGGAAGAUAUUAUAUGGGAGCUACACGUACUACUUGUCCGCAAUGUUUGCGUAUUUAAAAACUUGUGAUGUUACUCGAUAUUUUUUUAACGAAAAGGAAGCUUUGUCAGCUAUCUUUAAUGACGUGUGGCAGCUGUUGCUCUUUUGAGAGGCAUCGUAUAUGGGGGGAGGGGCGCAAUUUUGCACCCCUGAUGAUGCUUUAUUUAUUCUUCUGGUGGUGGAGUAGCCUUGUAACCUUAUGAACUUGGAUGAAGGAUUCUCUCGAAUUCGAAAAAUGUGACUUUUGUAUCAAACAUUGGAUGUUGAUGACGUAAUUUUCCGCGAGUGAACCAUAACAGUAUUGAUGAACGCGACGAAGGACAGUUUUAAGUCGUCGAUCGUACUUCUUUGACAGAGAUUUGAAUGCGAGGAAAGCAACCUUUUAUGAGAGCAUUCAGGUCUUCACGACGGUGGAAAUGUAUGUAGCGAUAUUUAUGUCUUGAUUGCCAUCCCUGCAAUUCCGUUCUUGACGUAUAUGUGCAUCAAGAUUUCCUGGGAGAAAUGUAUUCUAUAUAUUUGUUAAAAUUGUGAUGAUGGAUGUGUUAUUCUCUCGAGUUACCUACUGAUGGAAAAAACCCAUCAGAGGUAACAAUAAUUGGUGGUGGAAAAAGAUGUGUAAAAGACAAUUAUUAACAUUAUUGAAAUACUGCACCGCAGUGAUAAUUAUUAACAUUAUUGAAAUCGAGCUAUAUGUAGUUAUAGAUCUAAUUCAGGAAUAAAAUAACAUGUGAGGUGGAUUCCUCACCUUUUGAUGAUGUUUAUUAAUAAUCUAUUCUCUAUUUAUCAGUCAAGUGGUGAUUGUCUUGCUUGCUAUUCAGUCCAUGUUGGUUUAUAAAAUAUCCAAUUGUUUCAAAGUUUCUCCUUUCACUGACAAUUUUAGAGUCUUGCACGAGACAGCUGUGCCUCAUUAGAUUGUGAACUCACCCAUAACAGUAAGGAGCAUGAAAUGAUCUAUCAUUGUCUCCAAACAAAGACACAUUAAGCUGUCAAGCAAUGCACAAUAAAUGUUUGAUUCCUUUUGUGAAAAUAGGUAAAUUUGUGAUCAUAUUUGACAUUCUGGUCUCAACACCUUAUUUGGUGUUUGUUUCUGGUGCAAUCUGGGACCUUGUCUCAAGCGAGAAAAGUUAUUUGUAACAACGCUUUCUUCCACUUGCACUUCUAGCCCUGUGGGUCGUUGCAGGCGAUUCCAGAGGGCGCUAACCAUAAUUCUUAUAUAGGCUUGAUGCCUCGUUUAACAUAUUUAUGUGCAGGGCAUGCUGACAUUUUUUUCUCUCUCUCCCAACUAAUAAGGGUCCUGUAUCAAAGGUUUGCAAUCAUAUUGAUCAACAUAUUAACCAAUCACAAUCCAUGUGUCAAAUUCAUAUUUGAUUGCAAAUUUCUGGUGCAACAGCACCAAUGUGCAAAAUGAUUUGUAACAGUUUGGCUUGGAUUAAAAAAAGAAACACAUAUCUAGUACCCGGGCACUGUUUCAUAAAACUUGUCUCUGCUAUUUUUGGAAACUUUGACAGAGGUACUUUCAACCAAUCAAAUUUUACCAUUCGGUAGCUUAUAACACUAGCUUACAACUUGCCAUUCAUGGAGUUCCAUGAUAUAGGGCCCGGAUACAAUCAUCUUCUGUUGCAUACAAUUGAUUUAAAACUUGUGAGUGUGACAAUUCGGGGUGGUAAUUAAUAACACUGAGUGCUUGCUCAUGGCAAGGAAACCUCAUCCAAGAUCUUAACCAAAUAAUGCUAAUUUGAGCUCUCAAUUGUACUAUGUUUACAAUUUACUGAAAGAAAUAUUUCAUGACUUCCAUCAAGCUUUAAACUUUCCCCAAGUCCGUAAUAUGAUUGACAUUUUAACUAUCUGGCAGAAACUCUAUUGUUCCACAGUUCUAGCACUUCAUAGUACAAUGUACAUAUAAAUCCAUGCAGCACCAAUUUAGCACCUCAUAAUACACAUAAAGCGCAAUUUUUUAUAGCAACGUAGGAAUGAUUAGCAGAUAAACAGAUUUAUAUUAUUCUCUUGCACUGGAUCAAGACGAAAGGAUUAUCUCCCAUGAUAUACAAAUAUCUGUCAUUUCUAAAUGCACUUCAUUCCUCAGAUUCCUUUAGCAUUGUAUAUUUCAAUAAUUCAAACCUAUUUUACAAAUAGUUUUUAAAUGUGACCUUCAUAUGCUUUUGUGUCGAUGCAUAUGUGAUAUCAUCUAACUCGUCCACUAAGCACCCACUCUGACAGCUGCGGGCAAACAUUGUCUGUGGCACGUAGUUGGUAAUUCAAGUAAGAAUUUCUUGUAAUAAGAUGCUGUUUAACCGGAUGGUUUUUCAUAAAAAUGUCUGUAAAGCUUCACCUGUUUUUACUUAUGACUGGAACAUGUUUUUUUUAAUGGUAAUUCCGCUGCAUAGGGAUAUAUUAUUUAGUACAAGAAAGGGUCACUAGUGAACUUAUGAACAGCUCAACGAAGCGGGCCCUGAUCAGUAGUUUAGGACGCAUCAAUAAAUACGUGGUGUAUCUGUCGCCCUCUAUAUGUUUGAAAGUGGCAACCAUGCACUCGACAAUUUCUUUUCAAUUUGAUAACGUGAGCAGUUCACUGCUUGAUCUAACAGUUUGAAAACGUGUUAUGGAUUGAAAAUGACCAAUACACUCACCAUUGCAAUUACAGUGGACUUUGAACUUGUGAACUCCACGAAAGGAAUAAAAUAUCUGAAUUGUUUUGUUUAUUCUACUUUUUUAAUUUUUGUAACUGGAUUUAUUAAUAAUUCUCUGUGUCGUAUUCUAAAAAAUCAAUCCUCUUGUGAAAGUCAUUGUGCGACAAAGAUUUUGUGGGGAAAAAAAGGUCUUGCAAAUUAUUGUCAUGCGCAGAAUUGAUCACUAUUCGCCACUAACAAGCAAUCAAUGUCUUCUUUCCCCGACCUUACUUAAUUAAAUACAGGACUAGAUACAAACGUUUGUUGUAUGUCACAAUUGUGUUCCGUCGGAAUGCAUAAAUAUCAAUUAGCACGAUGCAAUGUAGUUGUAUCGUUUUAGUAGGAAGAUGAACAAUGUGGUUUAGAUUUUAUUCAUAUGUUCUUUUGAGAUUUUUUCUCACUUUUCCAGCUGUAACACAACAUUUAGUGAUUGAUUGUAAAGUUGAUUUUUUGUUAUUAAUUGCACAUUAUGAUGAAUGGAAUCAAUUGUUUAAAAAAAUCACCCAUACUAUCAGUCAUUGAUUUUUGUGAUCCAUGUUAGUUUGUGGUUGCAACUUUAAUGCGUACUGCUUUUCUCCAGUUCAUUUAAUAGAUGUAUUAUAUUUUCCUUUCCUUCGUGACUACAAGGGCAGAGGCUCGUUUGAGCAUAGGGAGGUGCACAUCCUGGGGAGGCGGAACUAAAAUGGUACGGGGGGUGCACAUCUUGGGGGGUGGAACUUAAAGUUUGGCAAAUCAGCUGUUGAAAGCAGAAGAAGGGGUACAAAUUUUGUGUUGCUUACCAGUGUCGGAACUCCUCUCCCUCAGUGGGAGGGUGCACAUGCAUCCAGUGCACCCCCCCCCCUAUCCUAUGCCCUUGGUCGAGGUAGCAGCCAAUGGGAUUCCUAGAAAAUUAAUGUAUUUGACGAUUAUUGAUUAAGAUAUGACCCUAUCACCACUAUCAUUAACUUGAUUAAUGUAUUGACUAUUUACUCCCUAUCGAAGAGAUAACUGAUUGAACGGAUUCUCUUAUGAUGAUGUUAAAGAAUCACUUGUGACUCAUCUGUGUUUCACACGUUGUUCCACAUUUUCCUCGUCUUUUGAUACAUGUAUGAUAAUGAAAUCGCUAUUUAAUAUAUCUGUCAAUCUGAUCAUAACUUAUUGAAUAUUAAUAUAUUGAAAUCAUAGUUGGUAACUUGUGAUGACUUUUUUUAUUGUUUCACAUGUUGGUGACGGUGUUCCCCCUUUUCUUACUUGAAAUCAUACUAUUUCAUGCAUUGAUUCUUAUUUUUGUUUUGACAAAACUACAUGGGUACAACUAUAGGUUCAUACUAAGUCCAACUUUCUAUAUGAGGACCUUCCUGAAAUGAAUUAUCUCUGUUUUCCAGUUAUAUAAAAAGGUUGUAACACUCUUAAAGUCAUCAUGGCAUGAGCACCUCAACAAUUGACAUAAAACUUGGAAAAAUGGGCGGGGGGAGGACAUACAAAAAGAUUGAUUCAGUUUAUAUUGUCCAGUAGAUAACUGUUACUCAAAGGCUGAUUUCUACAAUAACAUAGAUUAAAGUCAACAAGGGCCGAUUGCAUGAAAGGAUAGCUUAUAGAAACAGCUGUUCUAAAGAAUCGAACGAGAGUGAAAUUGUCUACAUUUUCUUUCAGGAAAUUCGAUAAGAUAACUGGAUAUUUUUGACUCAUUACAAUAUCAAACACAGUAUUGCAGAUAGAGUCAAAAGUUCCUUCACAUUGCAUCAAUGUUGUGUUUCAAAGGAAUAAUUACCUUUGAGCUAACCCGCCUUGCAGAUUUUCAUUCUUACCUCCAUGCUAUCUUCAAGUUUAUCCCAUGUUCAAUCAUCAUCUGUCCUUCUAUGGAGGGUCAUCAUUCUGGUUUGUUUUUCAAUUGCUUUAUAUUGUUAUGAAGAAAUGUGCAACCUUUUUAUAGUAAAAGGAGAUUCUUUUUGUUUCAUCAUGUGUUGUACUUAAUGUACGUGAAUGUUCUGACUUUACAUUCUGUUUGCUUGAUGUCAAACGAUGGGGUCGGAUGGUGUUCAGAAUUAGUGGAUAAUUUCUUUGUAUUUUUUUUCUCUAUGGACAUCAUCAAUUUGAUUUACGACUGAAACUUUGUUUUUCUUUUUAAUUUCGAGACAUGGGUAUAUGGAUUUAUCUUCUCUCUGUACUAAUUAUGUCAUCAUUUUCCUCUGUAUAUGCUGUACAAUGAAUAUCUUUCUAUAUAUAUAUUGUUUAU